AUGGUUAUUGCGGCGCAAUAUGACCAAAAUCCCAUAAUAAAUCAUUAUGGGGCCAGCAAAGAGAUGGGACAGUGGGAUUUAGUGGGCCUUUCUGGUGUGAGUGCAAUGCACGGUACGCUGAUCCCCAACACCAACAAGAUUGUGUUUUUGGAAAAAGUAGAAAAAAACUCGAAUGCAUACCUGCCCGAUGACCCCACCAGCUACUCAUGGUCAGUUGAAUAUGACAUCGAUGAUUCGACCUUCAGAUCACUACAUAUAAAAACCAAUCUUUUCUGUUCAGCAGGUGGAUACCGCCCAGAUGGAACAAUCGUGUCGUUGGGAGGCGCAGAGGCACAAGCAAAUAUUGCUGAAGGCUGGAAUUCGCUACGAUUCUUGUCCGCUUGCAAUGCAACUUCCUCGGCAUGUGAUUGGGAUACACGUGACGAGAUUACGCUAGGAGUAGGGCGCUGGUACCCAACCGUCGAAUCUCUUGCUGAUGGUCGGCUGUUCAUCAUAGGUGGUUCAAGUCGUGGAGCAUCAACAAACUCUGAGGAGAUUGGUGUUCCAUCCUGGGAAUUGUAUCCACCACUUCCAUCAGGCCCAACCCACUUUUCGUUCUUAGAAGAGACACUGCCAUAUAACCUCUAUCCAAUGGUCCAUUUGCUCCCAGAUGGCAACCUGUUUAUUUUCGCUAAUACAAAGGCCAUCAUCUUCUCCACAAAGACAUUCUCCAUUAUCAAAAAUUUGCCUGAUCUUCCUGGCCCACCACGUAACUACCCACUCUCUGGAGGCAGUGUUUUGCUUCCUCUCCGCCCCGAAAACAAUUAUGAGCCUGAAGUCCUCAUUUGUGGCGGUGCGACAGACUUCAAAUCACGAGCCGUAGGACAAGAACAGUGUGGACGUAUAAAACCUUUGAGUACGAGUCCACAGUGGAUUAUGGAAAAUAUGCCAUUUGGCAGAAUGAUGCCAGAUUUGGUAAUCGUUGCUGAUGGUUCUGUCAUCAUCUUUAAUGGCGCCAACAAAGGGACUGCAGGAUAUAGCCGUGCUAGCGAACCCGUCUUGAGUCCGGUCAGAUACCAGCCUUGGGACAGCCUUGAGACCAAACGAAGCGAUUCUCGAUUCACAGUUCUAAACCCUAGUUACAUUCCUCGUUUAUAUCAUUCAAUUGCCAUGCCUGUACUGGAUGGUCGGGUCCUUGUGGCGGGAUCAAAUCCUAACGCGAAUACAUUGGAGCUGGGUGAAUUUCCUGUUGAAUUCCGUGUCGAGAUGUUUUCUCCUGGAUACUUGUUUUCAGACGUUCCUAGGCCCUUGCUCAGGGUCGAAGCAACCAUCGGACGCACUAUAACACGCCCUAUUGCGUUGUCUAUCAUUACACAAAAGGGCGGUGUAAUCAACGAUGUGCCCCCAAAGGUUCAAGUAAAUCUUUUAAAUGGUGGAUUUUCAACCCACUCAACUCAUAUGAGUCAUAGGAUGGUUGGCUUGGAGAUUGUAGGAUAUAAACGAACACCUGGUCAGCUUGAUCGGCUAAGAGUGAAAGGGCCUAGGGAUGGGGCGCUCGCUCCUCCAGGAUGGUACCAAAUGACCGUUCUUGUGGAUAGGGUACCAAGCGAGGGUACCUGGGUUCGUAUCCUUCCACCAUAG